ACCAUAAGGUAUAUUUUAAGAAUGGAAAAACAGCCACAUUGCGGUGUGGAAAAUAAACAAAUUGCCAUAAUUGCUUAAAGGAAACGAAUCAGCGCGAUAAUGUCGUUUCACCUCAGCACAAAAGAGCGCCUCCUGCUCCUGAUCGACGACAUUGAGAUGAUUGCCAAGGAACUGAUCGAACAAGCACACCAGAAGAUCUCCAGCACCGAACUGGUGGACCUGUUGGAUUUGCUGGUGGCCAAGGAUGAAGAAUUCCGCAAAAUGCUUGAAUUGGCGGAGGAGCAGGCCAAAGUGGAGGAGGCGAUGGACAAACUUCGCGCCAAAGUGGAGGUGCACGACCGUGAGAUCCAGAAGCUGCAGAAGUCCCUAAAGGAUGCGGAACUCAUACUGUCCACGGCCAUCUUCCAGGCACGCCAGAAACUGGCCAGCAUCAAUCAAGCCAACAAACGACCGGUUUCCUCGGAGGAGCUCAUCAAAUACGCACAUCGAAUAAGCUCUGCCAAUGCGGUCAGUGCUCCGCUCACUUGGUGCAUAGGCGACCUGCGGCGUCCCUAUCCAACGGACAUUGAGAUGCGCAACGGGCUGCUGGGAAAAUCCGAGCAAAACAUCAACGGCGGCCCAGUGACCCAUCAGAACAGCGGCAUGCCCUCGGAGCAGCAGAGAACCUUGUCCGGCAGCGCAGGAAGUGGGAGUGGCAGUGGUGCCGGCGGCGAGGUGCCCAAUGCCUUCCAGAAUCAAUUUAACUGGAAUCUUGGCGAGCUGCACAUGACCAUGGGCGCCUCCGGCAACACGGUGGCCCUGGAGACGCGCGCCCAGGACGAUGUGGAGGUCAUGUCCACGGAUAGCUCCAGCUCCAGUUCAAGCGACUCGCAGUAGUUUUGGAUGCAGAACUAUAAUUAAAUCUCGUAUAAGAUAGUAGUAAUAUUUAAUAAAAGUGCUCUAUAAGGUA